AUGAAUUCUCAUUUAUAAAUGAAAAGAGAGCACUUUAUGGUUUAAAUACGAAAAUAAGCUCGAGAAGAGAUCUUUUCGAAGAAAAGACAUACUAGUCUGAUGCAAGAUGGAGAUCUUCUUGAAAAAUGCAAUCCUGAUGAAAUAAUUAAUUUUAUAUAUCAGACUUAUUUGGAGUAAGAUUUUAAACAUUUGGCAAAACUGUUAAAAUAAUACAAUUAGAAUUAUUUAAAAUUAUUGUAGUAAGAAAACUAAAAUGAUAUGGUAAUUUUGAAUGAAUUUAUCAGUCAUUUUAGUACUAAUCUUGAAGGUUUAAAAUUAUUUUUGGACAUAAUUCGGAUGAGUGACAUUUCAUUUGAAUUAAAUUUGACUUCAGAACGGUUAAUGUGUAUUUAACAAGUAUUAGUAAUCUUGAUCAAUUUUUCAUAUUUGGAUCGUAAGGAUAUUAUUGAGAAUUUAUUGAAAAAUGAUUUGAUGAAUAUUCUUUUGAAAGGUUUGAUAGGCAGAAUAGUAUAGCCUGACAAAGUUCAGAUUCAUUUUGAUAAAUGGUGUGAGAUUAUUGAAAGUGUAAUGAAUCUUUACUAUGAAUUUUCAGAUUUGUCUUAUUUUUAUUAAUAUCUAAUUUGAAUUGGAUCAUAAAAUGGCUUUAGUAUUUAGAGAGGAAAUAUUAAAGUCACAAUUAUUUAGAAUAUGGUCGAAAUUAUAUACAAAAAAUCCCAUAGCAAAGACAUGGAAGGCUAUUCUACUUUUAGAGUGUAAAUUAUUUGAAUCAAAUCAGAUUGAUCUGAUUGAUAUUCCUCAUUAUAAUGUAUUAUUUUUAAUCAUAAUAUAUAUAGUUUAAUUGCAUAAUUUCAUAAUGUACAUUUUUAAUUGACAAAGUUUAAAUAGAUGAAAGUCUUUACAGUAGAGUAUUGGAGAUCUUAUAAAAGAUGUCUGAAUUUAAAAUUACAUCUGCUCUAACCUUAACUUUAAGCAAAUUCAUUUGGGAGAAGAUUUUGAAAUAGAAUCUAUUUCCCAGUAAGGUUUUUUCAAUAUUUACUAAUUUCCUUGCAGAAAAAGAUGAUGAUCAUUAUAUUCUUUAAUACUUGAUUGAUAUUGGAUUGAUUGAAUAGAUGAUUAAUUCUAUGUAAAAUUUGGGAGAUGAAUUUUUAAUGGAAAAAAUUUAUAAAUGUCUUAAUAAUAUCCUUUUUUAUCCUGAAGCUUUUGUUGCUGAAAAAACAAUAACAGUUUUCUUACCAUUCCUUCAUAAUUACUUUAAUCAAUAUUCUAUUGUCAAAUAAGAAAUCUGUGUAGAAUACUUGUAUGUAUUGUUAAAUCUUACAAAUUAUCAACACUUAUCAGAUUAUCAUUUGAAUGAAAUCUUAAUAAAUUAAGAUUGUUUAAAAUACGUUAGUGAAAUGUAAAGUUUUUUUUUAAUUUUUCAUUAGGUUACACUCCUGUAGUAAUUUAACAAAAUUAAUAUCAGAAUUGUUUACUAAUUUUUAAAAAUUGCCAGAACAAUUUAAAUUAGUGAUAUUAUAAAAGGUGGAUACAUAUGACUUUAUAGAGAUUCUAAAUAAUCAAGCAGCAAUAGUAAAAGAUAAGGAUGAUGGAUGUAUAAAUUUAAUAUUGAAUUUAAUACAAUUAUGGGAACAGAGUGAUUUUGAACUAAAUAUUGCUUGA